AGUGUGAAGUACAAACAAAUUGAAAUAUGUGCUUUAAAGGGGUCCACAGUGUUUAUUAAUAGCACUUACACAUACCCAGCAUGGCUGGAAGUGAAAGAGGAAUUUUGGGUUAAAGAGCCAUUCAAUACAAUUCAGGACACACCUGUAUAUUGCAGACCCACUAAUGACUCAGGAAGGGUUCAGUGUUAUGUAGAUAAACAGCAACACUUCUCCCUCAAACUGAUUAAUGUAACAAAGGAGGAUGAACAUGACUACCGCUUCAGAAUCAAAACAAAUGUAAUCAAUCAAAAAUGGCUGGGAGAUCCUGUUAAGAUCAGUGUCACAGAGCUCCAUGUGAACACUCCUCCUGAAGUGACAGAGAGAGAAACAGCAGUUCUGAACUGUACAACCACCUGCAGUCUGUCUGACAGUCCAACAUUCAUCUGGUACAAAAAUGGACGUCCUUUAUCCUCCAGUACAAACCCACUCCACCUGCAGCCAGUCAGCAGUGAGGAUGCAGACAGUUAUAUGUGUGCUGUAAGAGGAUAUGAACAUCUCCCCUCUCCUGCUCAAACUCUCACUGUCAGAUAUUCUCCAAAGAAUGUGUCAGUGUCCAUCAGUCCCUCUGGUGAAAUAGUGGAGGGUAGUUCAGUGACUCUGACCUGCAGCAGUGAUGCCAACCCACCUGUGCAGAACUACACCUGGUUUAAAGAAGGAGGAACCUCACCUGUAGGAUCUGGACAGACUUACAGCAUCAUCAGCAUCAUGGCUGAACACACUGGUCUGUACUGCUGUGUAGCUCAGAAUGAACAUGGAGCUCUCAAUGGAACUGUGACCAUCACACUCAGCAAGCUCUAUCCUCCAAAGAAUGUCUUGGUGUCCAUCAGGCCCUCUAGUGAAAUUGUGGGGGACAGUUCAGUGACUCUGACCUGCAGCAGUGAUGCCAACCCACCUGUGCAGAACUACGCCUGGUUUAAAGAAGGAGGAACCUCAUCUGUAGGAUCUGGACAGACAUACAACAUCACCAUCAGCUCUAAUAGCAGCGGCUGGUAUUACUGUGUAGCUCAGAAUGAACACGGGAUGCUGAAAUCAGCUUCCAUAGAUGUCACUUUAAAGGUUCUGUAUCCUCCAAAGAAUGUCUUGGUGUCCAUCAGGCCCUCUAGUGAAAUAGUGGGGGACAGUUCAGUGACUCUGACCUGCAGCAGUGAUGCCAACCCACCUGUGCAGAACUACGCCUGGUUUAAAGAAGGAGGAACCUCAUCUGUAGGAUCUGGACAGACAUACAACAUCACCAUCAGCUCUAAUAGCAACAGUGGAGAAUACACAUGCCAAUCCAGUAAUGACCAUAGACAUGGGCCUCAUUCAGUAACACUAAAUGUUUUGUAUCGUCCAAAGAAUGUGUCAGUGUCCAUCCGUCCCUCUGGUGAAAUAGUGGAGGGCAGUCCAGUGACUCUGACCUGCAGCAGUGAUGCCAACCCACCUGUGCAGAACUACAAUUGGUUCAAGGAGAAAACAUUAUUAGGAAAAGAAAGCACACACAUUAUUCCUAAUAUCAGCUCUGAGGACAGUGGAGAAUACAAGUGCAAGUCCAGUAAUGAACAUGGAUCAAAAUACUCAUCUGUAAUACUGAAUGUUAUGUAUCCUCCAAAGAAUGUAUCAGUGUCCAUCACUCCCUCUGGUGAAAUACUGGAGGGAAGUUCAGUGACUCUGACCUGCAGCAGUGAUGCCAACCCACCUGUGCAGAACUAUAACUGGUUUAAGGAGAAAACAUUAUUAGGAAAAGAAAGCACACACAUUAUUCCUAAUAUCAGCUUUGAGGACAGUGGAGAAUACAAGUGCAAGUCCAGUAAUGAACAUGGAUCAAAAUACUCAUCUGUAAUACUGAAUGUUAUGUAUCCUCCAAAGAAUGUAUCAGUGUCCAUCAGUCCCUCUGGUGAAAUAGUGGAGGGUAGUUCAGUGACUCUGAUCUGCAACAGUGAUGCCAACCCAUCUGUGCAGAACUUCAACUGGUUUAAAGAAGGAAGAACCUCACCUGUAGGAUCUGGACAGAAUUACAGAGUUCUACAGAGUGGAUUCUACUAUUGUGCAGCUCAGAACCAUCAUGGAGCUCAGAAUUCAUCUACUGUGUCUGUCUUAAUAAAAGCAGGCUCUUCCAUCAUUCUUAAUAUAGCUGUCGGAGUAACAGUGUGUGGGCUCUCUGCUCUUCUUGUGCUGGCAUUCUGGAUGAGGAGGAAUAGGAGUAAGAGAAAGAAAUACCACAGUGCCUCUAAAAGGAGAGGGAGUGGAACAGCGCCAGGUUGUCGAGAGAGAGCGCUAUCCAAGAAUGCUGACCCUGAUUCUAUGGAUGAUGCAUACACAGCUCUUGAGUUGAAAGUCAGACCCUCUGAUAAUUUAUAUGAUGUACUUGCUACUGUUCACCCCUGUCCUGAUGAUUUGAACACAACCACCUGUCCUGUGUAUGAGAACAUCACAGUUUGCAACCUGGUAUUAUAGUGAACUUUGACUUGGGUUUCAUUGUCUCACCACACUCAUGUGUUCACUGAAGUUGACUGAAGUUGUAGAGGAAGGUGGAAUCUCUGGGUGUAGAAUCUCUCCGGCGGCCCGACCUGAUGUCCUUUCACUUAUAAUCACCACAAUGAUCUCACAACAUUGUCCAGCCGUACAUCAGGCCCAUCUGGUGCACAGCAGAAACACAACUGUGCAACACAAACAACUAUCCGCACCAAGAUAUGAUGAAGAGCACGCCAGCUACUUCAUUUGCAGCUAAAGGUUUUUUUUGUGUAUGUGUAUAACAGAUAUAAUAUAUAAUGUAUAACAGCUGGUCCUGAGAUAAAGCUGUGCUUCAGUCAAUCAGUCAUCACUGUAAUGUAUAUAUAUUUUGUACAUAAAAUCUCAUAGCAGUGAAAAGUUUCUCAUAGUCU